UCCGGGUCAACAUGGCGGCGCCGUGGCUGCUGCUACGCGCUCUCCGCCCGGGGCCAGGGCCCGGGCGGGGGCGACUGCGGGGCUGCUGCUCAGGCAGGAGCCGGGGCUGCUCCGCCGGGGUCGGGUGGAGGUGGCUGUACGUCGUCCACAGGCCUCCAGUGGGUUGUGUUGGGCCUGGAAGCCGAGUCCUGCAGAGUUUCCAGUUGCGGCUCCUAACCCCCACCUUUGGCGGGAUCAGCAUGUUGUUGGUGAAACAGCAUCUAGUCCAGAAUCCAGUAGGACUCUGGAAACUUUUAGGAGGCGCGGACUAUUUUAAGACCCCGAGGAGGCAGCAGAAGGCUCCCGGUGGUGAUAAACCGCAGGGGAGGCCCUCGGAAGACGAUGAAGAGGAGCGGCGGCGCCGGGAGCGGGAGGACCAGAUGUACCGGGAGCGGCUGCGUACGCUCUUCGUCAUCGCCGUGGUCAUGAGCCUUCUCAACGCGCUUGGCUCCAGCGGCGGCAACAUCUCCUGGAACGACUUUGUGCACGAGAUGCUGGCCAAGGGCGAGGUGCAGCGGGUGCAGGUGGUGCCGGAGAGCGACGUGGUGGAGGUGUACCUGCACCCCGGAGCCGUGGUGUUCGGCCGGCCUCGGCUGGCCCUGAUGUACCGGAUGCAGGUGGCGAAUAUCGACAGGUUUGAGGAGAAGCUUCGGGCGGCCGAGGACGAGCUCAACAUCGGCGGCCAGGACCGGAUCCCCGUGUCCUACAGGCGGACGGGCUUCUUUGGCAAUGCCCUCUACGCCUUGGGGAUGACCGCCGUGGGCCUGGCCAUCCUGUGGUAUGUCUUCCGUCUGGCUGGAAUGACAGGAAGGGAAGGUGGCUUCAGUGCCUUUAAUCAGCUUAAAAUGGCUCGUUUCACAGUCGUGGAUGGCAAGAUGGGGAAGGGGGUCAGCUUCAAGGACGUGGCGGGAAUGCACGAGGCCAAGCUGGAGGUCAAGGAGUUCGUGGAUUAUCUGAAGAGUCCCGAGCGCUUCCUCCAGCUGGGCGCCAAGGUCCCCAAGGGCGCCCUGCUGCUCGGCCCCCCAGGCUGCGGGAAGACGCUGCUGGCCAAGGCGGUGGCCACGGAGGCCCAGGUGCCCUUCCUGGCGAUGGCCGGCUCGGAGUUCGUGGAGGUCAUCGGAGGCCUCGGCGCAGCCCGUGUGCGGAGUCUCUUCAGGGAGGCCCGGGCCCGGGCCCCGUGCAUCGUGUACAUCGACGAGAUCGACGCUGUGGGCAAGAAACGCGCCAGCACCAUGUCCGGCUUCUCCAACACGGAGGAGGAGCAGACGCUGAACCAGCUGCUGGUGGAGAUGGACGGAAUGGGCACCACCGACCACGUCAUUGUCCUGGCGUCCACCAACCGAGCUGACAUUCUGGACGCCGCUCUGCUGCGGCCAGGCCGACUAGACCGGCACGUGUUCAUCGACCUCCCUACGCUGCAGGAGAGGAGGGAGAUCUUCGAGCAGCACCUGAAGAGCCUGAAGCUGACGCAGGCCAGCAGCUUCUACUCCCAGCGUCUGGCUGAGCUGACGCCUGGCUUCAGUGGUGCCGACAUCGCCAACAUCUGUAACGAGGCCGCGCUGCAUGCCGCGCGGGAGGGGCACCCGGCUGUGCACACGUCCAACCUGGAGUACGCCGUGGAGCGCGUGGUGGCCGGUCCUGCCAAGAAGAGCCAGGUCCUCUCCAGGGAGGAGCAGAAGGUGGUCGCCUUUCACGAGUCAGGCCACGCGCUGGUCGGCUGGCUGCUGGAGCACACGGAGGCCGUGAUGAAGGUGUCCAUCACGCCGCGGACAAACGCAGCCCUGGGCUUCGCGCAGAUGCUCCCGAGAGACCAGCACCUGUUCACCAGGGAGCAGCUGUUUGAGCGGAUGUGCAUGGCCCUGGGCGGCCGGGCAGCCGAGUCCAUCUCCUUCAACAGAGUGACUUCGGGGGCCCAGGACGACCUGCGCAAGGUCACCCGCAUCGCCUACUCCAUGGUGAAGCAGUUCGGGAUGGCGCCCAGCGUCGGGCCCGUCUCCUUCCCCGAGGCGCAGGAGGGCCUCUCGGGGGUCGGGCGGCGUCCCUUCAGCCAGGGCCUCCAGCAGAUGAUGGACCACGAGGCACGGCUGCUGGUGGCCACGGCCUACAGACACACGGAGAAGGUGCUGCGGGACAACCUGGACAAGCUGCAGGCGCUGGCAGGCGCCCUGCUGGAGAGGGAAGUCAUCAGCUACGAGGACAUCGAGGCCCUCAUCGGCCCCCCGCCCCACGGGCCCAAGAAGAAGAUCGCGCCCCAGAGGUGGGGCGGCGCCGACAGGGAGAGGCAGGACGCCCUUCGCGGGGAGCAGCCCUGGCCCCAGUAGCUGGACCGCCCCCUGCUGGCCCUGGUCCUCACCCGGGUCCCCUCAGCCCUGCUGGUCUCUGAUGUCUAUUUAUUGAAACUCCCCCCAACCCCCCCCCCCACCCGCGAAGAGUAAAUGUCUCUGCAGGGA